AUGGCAAUCUCAUCCCUCAAUAAACUCUCCCCUGUUUUCUUCAGCCUCUUUGUUGUGCUGCAUUUUCAACUAAAUGUUGCUUUUGAUUCCACUCAAGAAGCACAAGCUCUUCUCAAAUGGAAGGCGAGCCUUCAAAACCGCGGCCAUUCUCUCAUCUCUUCAUGGACUGUUUACCCUGUUAAUGCUACCAAUAAUUCUACUCAACACAAAAGCAAGAUAAGUCAUUGUACUAAUUGGUCUGGAGUUUCUUGUGACCAUGCCGGAAGCAUCCGUAGAUUGAACCUGUCUAUUGCAGGUUUAAAAGGUACGCUUGAUGAAUUGUCAUUCUCAUCAUUUCCUUAUCUUGCAUAUCUUGAUCUUAGCAUAAAUGAACUCUUUGGAGUUAUCCCUGCACAAAUUGGUAAUCUCUCCAAACUGAAGUAUCUUGACUUGCAAACUAAUCAGUUUUCUGGGAAAAUACCAACUGAAAUCGGUCUCCUUACAAAUCUUGAGACCCUCCACCUAGAUGAGAAUCAGUUGAAUGGUUCGAUUCCAGAAGAAUUAGGCCAGCUAAGUUCUCUUAGUGAACUGGCUAUCUACAGUAACCGCUUGGACGGUUCAAUUCCUGCUUCUUUGGGAAAUUUGAGCAACUUGGCUUGGUUGUCUCUUUCUAAUAAUUCACUUUUUGGUUCCAUUCCUCCAGAGAUAGGAAACCUCUCAAAUCUAGUUGAACUUUACAUCGAUACCAAUAGCUUAAGUGGUCCAAUCCCUUCAAGUCUUGGAAACCUUAGAAACCUGGAAAUGUUGCACAUGUUCAUAAACCAACUUUUUGGUUCCAUUCCCAAGGAAUUAGGAAAUUUGGAGUCUCUCACUAAUAUUAGUCUUCAUAGCAACAAUCUUUCAGGUUCAAUUCCAGCGUCUCUUGGUGGCUUGAGAAAUCUUCUUAAUCUUCAUUUAUACAAAAAUCAACUUUCUGGCUCUAUUCCCCCUGAAAUAGGAAACCUGACAAACCUUGUUGAUUUAGAGUUAAGCCAAAAUCUAUUUAGUGGUUCUAUUCCUGGUUCCUUUAAAGAUCUGAGCAACUUAAAGAUCUUAUUCCUUCGUGAAAACGAUCUUUCUGGUACCAUUCCCCAGGAAAUUGGAAAUUUCAUGAGUUUGGCUAUAUUGGAAAUAGACCAGAACGGUUUCACUGGUUCUUUACCCCAUAAUAUAUGUCAUGGUGGUUUACUUGAGAGGUUCAGUGUGAAUGACAACAAUUUUUCUGGUCCAAUUCCCAAAGACUUGAGAAAUUGCACAAGCCUAACAAGAAUCCUUAUGCAAGGAAACCAACUUGUUGGAAAUAUAUCUAAAGAUUUUGGCAUCUAUCCAAAGCUAGAUCUACUAGAUCUCAGCCAUAAUAAAUUUUAUGGUGAAAUCUCAUCUAGUUGGGGACAGUGUCCAAAAUUAGGCACCCUAAAGAUGGCAGAGAAUAAUCUUACUGGCAGUAUACCAGUUGAACUUGGAAACUUAACUCGACUAGAUAUUCUUGAUCUUUCUUCAAAUAAUCUAGUUGGGGAGAUUCCAAAAGAAAUUGGAAAUUUAACUUCUCUUGAGCGUCUAAUUUUGAAUGGCAAUCAAAUUUCUGGUGGUAUACCUCUGGAAAUUAGAUUACUCACCGAAAUUAAGAGUCUUGAUUUGUCUACAAACAGGUUGAGCAAAUCAAUCCCUGGAAGUCUAGGGAGCUUGUUGCAAUUGUAUAGCUUGAAUUUGAGCGACAACCAGUUUAGCCAAGAAAUUCCACCUCAGUUGGGGAAGCUAAGUCUACUCACAGAGUUAGAUUUGAGUCAUAACUUCCUCAGUGGAAAGAUACCCUCUGAAAUAUGUGAUUUAGAGGACUUGCAGAAUCUUAAUAUCUCACACAAUAACCUCUCUGGGUUCAUUCCAAGAGAGUUUAAGAAGAUGCACCUAUUGAGUAUUGACAUAUCUAACAACGAGUUGCAAGGUCCAAUUCCCAACACAUCAGCAUUUCGACAUGCUACCAUCGAAGAACUACGAGAAAACAAAGAUUUGGGCUCUUGUUCUUUCCCUUGUGGUGAUCCGUAUACUCUUUAG